AUGGAUACUGAAGAAAGCAUACGGGAAGAAGCUCUUGGUUCUGAAGAGGAAGUUGGUUCUGGUGAUGCCACCGAGGAAGGGGAAGACGAUUCUUUUGAAGAGUCUUCUGAAGAAGAAGAAUCUUCGGAGGACGCUGCAAGUACAAUGGCUGUAUCAGAUCGCUUUGUGGCUUUGGGUACACACAAUGGAGAUGUCUUCAUACUGGACUUUGAAGGAAAUUUGAUCAAACGAUUUUCUUCGCAUUCGGCAACCGUCAACGAUCUGUCAAUAGAUACUGCUGAGGAAUAUGUUGCCAGUGCUUCAAUGGAUGGCAAAGUCGUCAUUCAUGGAAUGUAUGUUGACUCCACCCAAGUUUUUAACUAUCGACGCCCACUUAAAUGUGUCGCGCUCGAUCCUGAUUUUAGCAAGAAAGAUACCCAACAGUUUGUAUCUGGUGGCUUGGCUGGUCAAUUGAUCUUGAAUGAAAAAGGUUGGUUUGGUCAGAAGCAAGACAAAGUGCUUCAACAUUCUGGGGAGGGACCAAUAUAUGCUGCAAGAUGGAGAGGGACAUUAAUCGCUUACGCUAAUGACGAAGGUGUGAAAAUGUACGAUACUCAAUCACAACAACGAAUUACUUACAUAAGACGACCUCAAAAUAGUCCAAGAGCUGAUUUAUAUCGUUGCAAUCUUUGUUGGCGUAAUGACACUCAGUUGUUAAUAGGUUGGGCAAAUUAUAUUCAAAUAGCUAGUGUCAAAGAACAAAAUAUAUCGGGCCAUCCACCACUCUUUGCUGAAGUUAACAUGAUAUUGAACACAGACGAUUACGUUGUGUGUGGUCUUGCACCAUUUGGUGAUAUGACAUUAGUAUUGGCAUAUCUUAUUAAUGACAACGUAACAAAUGAGGAUUCAGAUGAUCCGGAACAACAUAAACGCCCCACCGCAAAACGUCCUGAACUUCGAAUUAUGAAUUCAUCUAAUGAAGAAAUUUCUAUUGAUGCAUUACCACUUCAUGGAUUUAUGCAUUAUCAAGCAAACGAUUACGUGCUUGAUUAUUUUCCAUCUGAAGAUAUGUUUUACGUUGUAAGUCCAAAAGAUCUUGUAUUAGCGAGGCCACGCGAUUCCGAUGAUCACGUUGGUUGGCUUUUGGAUCGUUAUAGAUAUGAAGAAGCUUUAGAAGCACUUCAGGAAGCUCAGGCUUGGGGAGGUAGUAAGGCUUAUGACAUAAAUGAAGUUGGAGAAAGAUACUUGGCAUAUUUAAUUAAAAAAGAGGAUUAUGCAAAAGCUGCAGAAAAUUGUAAAAAAGUUCUUAAAUCAAAUAAAGAAUUAUGGGAAAAAUGGAUUUUCACGUUUUCCGAAUUGAGACAUCUAAAGGAAAUCACACCAUUUAUACCAUUUAAAGAACCACAACUCAGCAGUACUAUAUAUGAAAUUGUGUUGGCAUAUUUUUUGAAUUACGAUCAUAAGUCUUUAUAUGAAACUAUAACGAAUUGGCCACCAACAAUUUAUAAUAUUCAAAGUAUUAUUGAACCUAUUGAAGAUGUUUUGGAAAAAGAGCCUGAAAAUAAAACUUUAAUGGAAUGCCUGGCUGAACUAUACGCUUACAACCGUGAACCUGAAAAAGCACUUGAAUAUAAUCUUCGUUUGCGCAGGCCAAACGUUUUUGAUUUAAUAAGGAAAUUUAACUUAUUCUCAGCUGUACAAGACAAAGUAGUUCUUUUGAUGGACUUUGAUCUGUCAGAGAUCCAAAAGGAAAAGGAUGAACAAAAUCGUACACCAGUCAAUAUAAAGAAUAUGCCAGCAGUCCAGUUAUUAAUUGAAAAUACUGAUUCAGUUCCUAUUGGCCAUGUUGUUAGCCAAUUACAAUCCCGUCGUUAUUUCUUGCACAUUUAUUUGGAUGCACUAUUUACUCGGGAUCAUCACAUAGGAUUUGAAUUCCAUGACCUUCAAGUAGAAUUAUAUGCAGAGUAUGAUUAUCAUAGGUUAAUAGAAUUCUUGCGUACCAGCAAUUACUAUUCUCUAGAAAAGGCGUAUGAAAUCUGUAAACAAAGAGAUUUAGUUUCAGAAAUGGUGUUUAUUCUUGGUCGUAUGGGUAAUAAUAAACAGGCCUUAAUGUUAAUUAUAGAACGAUUAGGAGAUGUUCAACGUGCUAUCGAUUUUGCUAAAGAACAAGCCGAUGAAUAUUUAUGGGAAGAUUUAUUGACAUAUUCAUUAGACAAGCCACGUUUUAUCACCGGCUUAUUGGAUAAUCUUGGUAGCAUUGAUAUUGAUCCAAAACAACUAAUCAAAAGAAUUCCUAAUGGCUUAGAAAUUGUUGGACUUAAGCAAGCUUUAAUUAAAGUCCUCCAAGAUUUCAACUUACAGGCAUCUCUAAGAGAAGGAUGUCAAAAAAUAUUAGUGAGUGACAGUGUGUCUAUGGCUAAUCAACUUCAUCGAGCACAAAAGCGUGGAAUUUCGUGUAGAGAUGACAUGACAUGCAGCGUUUGCUCUACACCCAUAAUCAAAGAUGCUAAUCUGCCAGAUGCUGCUACUACACACUUAAUAUUCUUUUGUGGUCAUGCUUUCCAUGAAAAAUGUCUUUUCGAAAGCGAUGCAAUUCCGAAACUACCAGAAAACUUUAAUAAACCACAUUCUGUUGGUACCAAAGUCCGUCACGUAUCUCUUCUUCAGUCGAUGAUACCUAGGCCGCGAUGUCCAAUUUGUAAUGAAUCAAAUCAAGUUGCCAAACAAAAGGAAAAGCCUGCUAGAAUUCGUGGUUUUGUUCGUAGUACAAAGGAUGACGAUGGGAUGCCUCCAAUGGUUCCCCUAAGACUUUGA